GUGUUAAAGCGCUUCCUGUUUUCUGUGGCUGAAUAAAUGAUCUAAACGUGGUGGUGCAAGUGGAACUACAAAUUACAUUUGCAGGUUUGUUUUCAAGUACAGUUUCUGUUAGACAAUCACAGAAGGACUUUUUUCUCAACUAUGGCAGAGACUGAAAGUACCCAGAUUUCCACCAGCACCAACAACACAGAACCGAACAAUACUAACGACAAAGGAACAGCAGCCAUCAAGCCUCAGUUCCUCACAACUAGAGAGAAGUUCCAUGAGGUUGUAGAUUCUGGAGGAAAAGCUGCUGAGGAGAAGACAGAGACCAAGGAGCCAAAAGCAGAAGGAGAUGAUGAUGCUGCAGCAGAGAAGGGGACUGGGGAACCAGGGCCGAAAAGGAUUAAGCUUGAUGAAAACCUAGCAGGGAAUGAUAAAUAUGAAAAAGGAGGAGAGAAACAGCAGAAAAAAAGAGCAAAAGGACAGAACAAAGCUAGGCCUCAUGUGAAACCGAACGCCUAUGAUGAUAAACGACUCUGCCCCUCUGUAGUUCAGGAAUGUGCUGCCAAAUGCUUCUUUGGGGACAAAUGCAAAUAUUUGCAUGAUAUUCCUGCAUACCUAAAGCUGAAGCCUGCAGAUGUGGGAAGCAGAUGCUACCUGUAUGAUAACUUCGGAAGGUGCCAGUAUGGUAUCACCUGCAGGUUUGCAACAGCUCAUAUCGGAGAGAACUUCAAAAACAUGGUGAAUGAGGAGCUAGUGAAGAAUAGGGAGGGCAAGGUAAUGGUUAAAAACGCCUUGAGCAAAGAGCUUCAACAAAGUUUGCGGAAAAAUAAGUUUGUCUUUAAGGCAUCUGAUGCCUACCUAAGGCAGAUGAGCAAAGGAAAUAAGCAUCGUAAUGUGGGAAAGAAAGAUAUAGAUCAUCAGUCAGUACCUGAGAAAGUGAAUGAGAAGUCAUGUACAGCAGAAGAACAGAACAGUUCAAUAGAUGAACCCAAGGACACACUAAAUUCUGAGACGCAGCCUGUAGUCGACACAGAAGCUGGACUUGGCGGUCCCUGUGCUUCUGAAGCAGGGAAUAUAAGUUCUUCACUUGAUCCUCAAGUGGACUGUGAGGACAAUACCAGUGUGAAAACCCUGGGUGCCGUGACAGAUGAAGACAUUGUCAAGCUCAGAGCUUGUGAAAAGAAGCAAGUGGACUUCAGAGAUAAACUUUACCUUGCACCCUUAACAACGUGUGGAAAUCUUCCUUUCCGUAGAAUAUGCAAACGUUUUGGUGCUGACGUCACUUGUGGAGAAAUGGCCAUGUGCACGAAUUUGCUGCAGGGUCAGUCUUCUGAAUGGGCCUUGUUGAAAAGACACCACACUGAAGAUAUUUUUGGUGUACAGCUGGAGGGAUCAUUUCCUGACACCAUGACCAAAUGUGCAGAACUGCUCAAUCAAACCAUUGAUGUGGAUUUUGUGGAUAUAAAUGUGGGCUGCCCCAUAGAUCUUGUGUACAAAAAGGGUGGUGGCUGUGGGCUGAUGACUCGCACAAACAAAUUUGAGCAGAUUGUUAAAGGAAUGAACUCGGUUUUGGAUGUGCCUUUAACUGUAAAGAUCCGGACGGGCGUACAAGAAAAAGUGCGCAUUGCUCACAAACUCAUACCAGAUCUAAAAAACUGGGGUGUAUCCCUUGUCACACUUCAUGGGAGAUCACGAGAACAGCGUUACACAAAGUCAGCAGACUGGGAGUACAUCGACCACUGUUCAAAAGUAGCUUGUCCCAUGCCUCUUUUCGGUAAUGGGGAUAUACUCUCCUAUGAAGAUGCAAUGCGAGCCAGGGAGACCGGAGUUUCUGGAAUUAUGAUUGCGAGAGGUGCUCUAAUUAAGCCUUGGAUCUUCACUGAAAUAAAAGAACAAAGGCACUGGGACAUCUCAUCCAGUGAAAGACUUGACAACCUGAAAGAUUUUGCAAACUUUGGUUUAGAGCACUGGGGCUCGGACACACAAGGGGUGGAGAAGACCAGAAAGUUCAUGCUUGAGUGGUUAUCCUUCUUGUGCAGGUAUAUUCCAGUAGGCUUGCUGGCGCAUGUUCCACAGAAGCUGAAUGAAAGGCCACCAUUCUACCUAGGCAGGGAUUACUUGGAAUCACUGAUGGCAAGUCAUAAUGUAGGGGACUGGAUCAAAAUCAGCGAAAUGUUGCUGGGUCCAGUGCCUUCAAAUUUUACAUUCUUGCCAAAACACAAAGCAAACUCAUACAAGUAAACGGUGCUUACUGAAAGAUUGCUUCACGAUACUGCUUUGUUUUAGAAGAUCUUGUAGAUGAAACAAAUCCAUUAUUCAAGCUUUUUGACAGGUGAGGAUCCUGAAUGCAAGAGUGUAUGUCAUGUUUUCAUUGAUGUACUUGUAUCCACUGCAGUGUUUUUUUUUUUUUUUUUUUUUUUUAAAUAGUCGAAUCAAUCUUGCACACCUCUUUAUAAAAACACCCGGUCUUGAGUGAGUCUUUGAAGCAGCUUUAGCUGUAUAUUAAAACCCCCAAAAAUUAUUAGGGGUAUCCAUCACAAAUCUACUCGUUUAAAUAUGUACAUGUAUGUCUUCCUACACAGAUUUUUUGAUGUGUGUGUGCGUGCGUGCGUGCGUGUGUGUGUGUGUGUGUGUAUAUAUAUAUAUAUAUAU